AUGGCUGCCUCUUGCCCAGCCCUGGCCCAGGCCCGCUGGCCGACAAGCGAGUACCUGUGCCGGGGUCAGUUCAGCACCGGAGCCGGGUCGGCACCGAGGACAAGGCGGCCAAAGCGCCUCCCUUGCCCCUUUUUGUUUUGUUUUGUUUUUUUGCCCCCACCCUCCCAACUCCUUCACCUGGGCCCGGGGAGAUCCCGGCCCCGACUCCGCUCGCUGCUGCCAGGCCCGGGCGGAAGAGAGCGCCUAGGCCGGGGCUGCGCCUGCGCACUGAGGGCGAGUGGGUCCGGAGAGCCCCUGCCCCGCGUAGCCGCGGGAGAGAAUUUCCAUGGAAACGGAGCGGCAGGGCAGGGCGCGGGGAAGGGUAGCCAUGGAAACGGGAGUCCGAGACAUAGGCCCACAAGGCGGAUCAAUUCCUUGGGGCCAUUUGGUCAAGGAAGCCUUCCAUGUGCUAAGGCAGGGGUCCCCAACUUUGGCUACUUGAAGACUUGUGGACUUCAACUCCCAAGGCGUCUCAUCUUUUCAGCUUGUCCCAAGAGGAAUUUGUGGGUGCAGACAAUACAUGUUGCUUUGGACACUGGAAUUGCUUAUUCCAAAUCCAAAUGCUCUUUUCCCCAUAUGGAUUUUGAUUCCAUGAGAAGAGUUUUAUUGCAUCAUAACCAAAACCAAAUGAGUCAACCAAAGCUUGGCUACCAUUAUUGAGAAGAGAAGGAAGAAAAAUACCCCAAGAUUUGGGAAUUCCUUUAUUGAAAAAAUAAAAAGCUGUUUUGGAAUCAAAUAAAAAAUACAGUAUAAAAGCAAAUCUAGAAUCUGCAACACAUUAAAAAUAGAACAUUAUACACUAUGUUUUAGAUUAGAAUAAUCCAUAUGUACAUACAUAUGUCAUUUUGAAGGUAGAUAUUUUCAUAGUUAUUUUGUGGGGAUUCUUCAGAAAAAUGAGGUCAUAGUUCAAAAUUAGUAAUAGCAAAAUGAGAACUGGAAGAUACAUGCUUACAAAAUUUAGUGUCCGGUCCAAUCCCAAACAUAUAUGUAAACUGCCCACACAGUCACACCACCAGAACCAGUAUAUGUCAUCUAUUGAAUUGGACAAUGAACCACGAUUAAGAAUGUUUCAUUUCUUUUUGGAUGGACUAUCCCAAGCAUGUCUCUCAGAAAUCCCCAAGUAGUCAGUCUCAUAUAUACCUAUUGCAGUUAGAGUAUGACCUCCUUUAGGAGAUUUUACACUCCCUUACCAACUUAAUAGGAGCAACUUUGCUAGUUUCCCCCUUCCUACAACAAAUUAUGUUGUCUGCCAUGGAAACUGGA